AUGGCUACACCUUCAGCGAUCCCAGCAAUCAUCAGUUCCCGCGAUGCCCCAAAAGAGCCAUCUUCAGCCGCUGACUCAACUGCCGACUGCUCCAAGCUCCCCGCUCCCAAAUUCCAGCUCCAUAUCCACGACCUCCGUCACCCUGCCUCUCAAUUCUUCCUUACUUCCAUCCCUGAUCUCGCAUCUACCCUUGAAACCGCCCUUUCCGCCAUCAUCCAGAAUCUCUACAGCUCUCCAAAGUCGGGGAGGGCGAUAAAUGGGGCCACCGCGACGAACUCCAGGAACCGAAAGCACUUACAAACAUUCAGACCUUCUGUCCCGCCAACCCGCUCGGUCACAGUCCUCCUACGCGAUAUUGGAGGCGUUGCUUACACAACUGGCAAGGACCUCGACAAUGACCAUAAAGAAAUUCACGUCUCCCUCGCGUACAUCCAGCACUGCCGCACCAAAACCGAUCCCGUGGCGGAGCUAGUCGGCGUCCUCACACACGAGCUCGUCCACUGCUAUCAAUAUGCUGCGCCGCGUGCUACACUUGAUGGCGGCUUGAUCGAGGGCAUUGCGGACUUUGAUACCAUUGAAAUCAUGAACUAG